CAUAUGACCGCGCGCACUUCUCUUCCGGAAGCUGUGUCACCGUUUCAGCCGUAAACAGCACAGAGGAGGAAACAACCUGACGGCGUGCUUGUGUAUGUGUGUUUAAGUAGCGCGCGCGCGUGUGUGUAUGUGUGUGUGUUAAUCCUGCUUCUGAGCUCUUUCUCCAGGGUCUCAGCACCAUGUUGGCCCUCAUCAACCGGCUCCUGGACUGGUUCCGCUCUCUCUUCUGGAAGGAGGAGAUGGAGCUCACCCUCGUCGGCUUGCAGUAUUCCGGAAAAACCACCUUCGUCAACGUGAUAGCGUCGGGGCAGUUCAGCGAGGACAUGAUCCCCACGGUGGGCUUUAACAUGAGGAAGGUCACCAAAGGCAACGUCACAAUAAAGAUUUGGGAUAUCGGAGGACAGCCUCGCUUCAGGAGCAUGUGGGAGCGGUACUGCAGAGGAGUCAACGCUAUAGUGUACAUGGUGGACGCUGCUGACCGGGACAAGAUCGAGCCGUCCCGAAACGAACUGCACAAUUUGUUAGAGAAACCUCAGCUUCAAGGCAUUCCUGUUCUCAUUUUGGGCAACAAGAGAGACCUCCCCAACGCGCUGGACGAGAAGCAGCUCAUUGAGAAAAUGAACCUGGCAGCGAUACAGGACCGAGAGAUCUGCUGCUACUCCGUCUCAUGUAAAGAGAAGGACAAUAUAGACAUCACACUGCAGUGGCUUAUUCACCACUCGAAGUCCCGGAGGAGCUGAGAGGAGAAGCCGGCAUCCCGCGUCCCACCCUGCAGCCAAAGCCCCUCCUGCCAACCCCCCCCACCCCCCCAGAGUCAAAACCUGGUCCGAACACAGCUCCAAACCCCAAAUUUCUGCCUAGAAUCAGCCUCUGGCCCUGCUUUGAGCUAGUGUAAAAGCCAUUUUAAAUGUGUUGGGGUUUUUUUUAGGCUAAAAACAGUCCUGUGGUUCUUUUCUUGGACCCUGUUUCCUGGCUCAAAGCACAACACAAGCCACUCAUGCCCUACUCUCUUUAUCUAUUGAUUGAUUGACUCUCUCUCUCUCUCUCGCUCUCUGUGUGAUUCAGGGCCCUGUUCUCUCAUGUCAAAACGCGAAACACACACCUUACUGGUCAGCGUGCAGUCCUGUCAGAACCUUGGUUCACGUUAGCAGAUUGGCUUUUCUGCUUAGAUGAUUUUCUGUCUGAGGACCAUUUCUUUAAAAAACAAAAAAAAAGAAAAGCUCUUGUAUAUCAAUGACUUAAAGUGACGGAGCGUUAGUAUGUAGGACGACGAUGAUGUUUUAUCUGAUGAGCUUUACGGUGAUUGAAGAGCAGUCAAUCACACAUGUAGCACUUAUUUGGAGCUAAAUAUAUGGGACACGGGGUAAGAUCAUCAUCAUAACGACGACUUGUGCACUACAAAUCGGCACGGAGCAACAAAUGAUGUGCUUCAGUCGGGUGUUUGGGUAUUUCGGUUUGCGUUUUGAGCGCGUCGCGUGUUCAGCAACGGCUUGUAUCGUCAUCACGCGUAUUGCUAGAGAUGUUCUUCACUUAAAGCUUCUCUUUGCGUUUGUUUUUUUUUUUUUUUUUCUGGCCCAGAAAUGUGUCCCAUUCACAUAAACGGCGCUUCAUAAGGCUUUGUGAUUUUGUCCGUGUUUCCCUUGCGAUCGCAGUUCACCUCACGGACAUCAGGUGACUUUUUACGAAUUUCCGCUUUAAAUUCGUACGGAACGAAUCGCCUAAAUCGCCGAUCAGUUUUUUGUUUUGUUUGUUGUUUGUUAAAAUCAAAUAGAACCUGAGCGUAGCUCAAUCACACUAACGACUGCAUGGCUAAAUAAAUAAAUAAAUAAAUAAAUAAAAAUAAUAAUAAAAAAGCCAAAAAAACUUAAACAAGUAUUAAUACUAGUAAUCAUCUCUAAAUGUGCCUUGACAAUCCUUCUUCCACUACAGCACUGUUACGCAGAAAAACACGUCACGUCUUUUCACUGAUUUAAGCUUUAACGUGAAGGAUUCAGUUGUGUGGCUCAGUGCCUUAUUUAUGGAUUGUAUAUUAAUAUGACCACGUUACCAUCAUAUAAGGAUAAUAAUGCAAAUUAUGUACGUAGCAACGUGCAAUUAAAGGUGCGGCUUGUGAUUUUAACAAGUGUUACCUAAACCUAUUUUAAUCACAUCAUUUUGUUAAUAUUUGAAAAGGGGGAAAAAAACAAAACACUGACGAUAUCCUGAGAAUCCCGCGCCUGCUUCCCGCUCGUUUCAUCUUGUGAAGCUUUUCGUAUAGCGUUUUUUGGCUUGGACAUAAGAAAAAGCAGACAAAAUGGAGCGUCUGAGCCACGUCCCUUCUCGUAAGGUGAUUCAUGAGGUAAAUGGAUGGAGGGAUGAAGUUAGAACACUGAAGUGUGCGAAAUGAUUAUAAAAAGCACAGUGCUAUUCCAUGGGAGAACAGGACCCUCUGUCUUAUUGAAUCUUUUGUCACUGCAUGUGUUCUCUCUCUAUCUCUCACAUUUCUCCCACUUAUACGCAUCUUAAUCUCCAACGUGACACCACAACCCUUUGCCAAGUCUCACGCCGCUCUCUCCAGCGCACCAUCGUCUCUGCUCCUUCACCUUUCGGAAGCUUUUAAGUGGACGCUCGCUCCCAUCCCGAAACACUAACACACCCGAGCUUCUCACCCCCGGACCGGUUCCGUCACCAAAACGUCCACCAUCCAAAAAGUGCUGUUACACGUACGAAAGAAAGCGAUUUAUCCGUGUCUGUCCUCGCCAUGCCUCCGUCUCUGUGACACCGUCACGUGUCUCUAUGUGCUCUGGACUCGAAUGUGAAAAGAAAAGGAGAAAAAAAAAAAAAAAAAAGCCUGCCAAAUUUGAUCCUGUUCUCAGCUUUUGUAGUGCAAUGAAAGCUUGAAAUGUGAUGCUAUUAAAGUGAGCGUUUGGCAGGGCGAAAAAAAUGGACACCGUUUUCUCUGUUUACUCACAAAAAGGCUUUGAAAUGAAUGUAGCUAAAACAUUAAAUAUAGAAAAGCAUACUGAAUCCGGUUGAGGUUCUGUUCUCUAUAACGAUGGAUGAUAAAGAUAUUAAAGAAAACAAUGCUGGAAUCGG